AACUGCAUGCGAUCUUUGGCACACAUUACAACCACACUGGACGAGGGAAAAGAUGGCAACUGACGAUUAGAAAAAAAUACAAACAUUUUUUGGAUUCUUUCCCAGGAAAGGCGGCACUCGGACUGGGCUGUCAAGUUGAGCACCAAGUGUCACCAUGGGAAAAACAACACUCAAAGAUCAAAGGGAUGGCAGAAAGGACAAAGCAGCAGGAACAAACCCAGAAGCAACCAAAGAAUCCUUCACUUGGGAAGAAUAUCUUAAAGAAACGUCAUCUGCACCGGCGCCACCCAGUUGCUUUCGGCAGGCGCGAGUGCCACCAUCCAACGACUUCAAGGUGUGCAUGAAACUGGAAGCCAGGGACCCCCGCAACUCCACCUCGGUGUGCAUCGCCACCGUCAUGGGCCUGACUGGGGUUCGCCUUCGACUCCGCCUGGACGGCGGCGACAACAGCAACGACUUCUGGCGGCUGGUCGACUCCUCGGACAUCCAGCCCAUCGGCACGUGCGAGAAGAACGGAGACAUGCUGCAGCCUCCACUGGGAUUUCGCAUGAACGCCUCAUCAUGGCCCAUGUUCCUACUGAGAACCUUAAAUGGAGCAGAGAUGGCUCCAGGAACAGCCUUCAAAAAGGAGCCCCCCAGGCCCUCCCAGAACAGUUUCAAAGCCGGCAUGAAGUUGGAGGCCGUGGACAAGAAGAACCCUCACCUCAUCUGCCCCGCCACCGUCGGGGAAGUGAAGGGCGACGAAGUCUUCAUCAUGUUCGACGGCUGGAGGGGCGCAUUUGACUAUUGGUGCAAGUACGACUCGCGGGACAUCUUUCCUGUGGGCUGGUGCUCGCUCACCAAGCACAGCCUGCAGCCCCCCGGCAACAGUGUUACGCUGCCCAAGAAUCUGCAAGUUCUGCCUUCGUCGUCACCUUCCAAGCCCAGCCGGCGCUCCCUACAGAUUCCUUACAGACUCCCCAACCCACUGCCACAGCUACCUGUCCGGAAGGGGGUACGGGGUCGCCGGCCCAAGAGCGAGACCCUAGCUCUCCUCAAAGCUGUGGCCGAAGCCGCCGCAGCCCAAAACGGCAGCACAGUCCACAACACACAGCUGGUGUCUCAGCCACAUAAAAAGAGAGGCCCCAAACCAGGAAGCAAAAGAAAGCCUAAGGUUCUCCAAAGGGUGUCACAUCCAAGCCGGCCCAGUAUCGAGAUUCCGCAUGGAAGCCCAGCCAGCCUCCCAUCUGUCGUCUCAACAGUGUGCAUCUACGUCAACAAACGCGGAAACUGCGGCCCACACCUGGAUCGGAAACAAAUGCAGCAUCUUCCAGACCACUUUGGCCCAGGGCCUGUUAACACUGUGCUUCAGCAGGUGGUCCAGUCCUGUUUGGACUGCGCGUACCAGCCCAAAGUCCUACUCGGCGCUCUGCACACACAGUCUGGAGGCGGCGAGGUGGUAAGAGUGAGAACAGACGGCGGGGUCCGUGUGGUCAAACUACCCUCAGCGUCCAGCAUUGCCUUUGUGCUGCGCUUUUUGGAGACCAUGUGCCGUCACCUACAGUGCGACAACCUGUUCAGCAGCCAGCCCUUCAGCCACUACAAUGCCUACGACAGGGACAGGACCAAGUCAGUAAAAGAGGAGAUGCCGGACACACCUUCGCUGGCUCGGGUUGGCAAACGAAGCCUCGCCGGGGUGUCGCCGCCCUACGCCGCGCCCCUGUCUCCAAAACAUGUACGCACCGACGCCCACCCUUCAGAAGCCGAGACACUGCCCCACCAAGACAACGUCCUCAUAAAGGAGCAGCGCUACAUGGACUCUGCGUCCAACUCCAUGACCCCAGCACCUCAGAUGUUGCGUAGCUGUUCCGAGUACCGGCCGCCAUCCACCGGCCUAGCCCCCGUCCGUCGCCUGUUGUCCAAUCCCGCCUCCGCGCAGCUGCUCAGACGAGCUGAAGGUACGUUUCUCAGGACACGCAUCUCUUCUGGACUUGAAUCUUUCCUCCGCACCUUUGCAGCCAGCUCCACCACUGGACCCGACAGCGCCUCCUCCCAGCCGACACCUGGGAAGAACCCAUCAUACUGGUCCAUCGAGGAGGUGAUGCGGUUUGUGAGGGAUGCGGACCCCGCCACCUUGGCGCCACAUGCGGAAUUGUUCAGAAAACACGAAAUAGACGGCAAGGCGCUGCUUCUACUGCGUAGCGACAUGAUGAUGAAGUACAUGGGCCUCAAGCUGGGCCCCGCCCUCAAGCUGUGCCACCACAUCGACAGGCUCAAGCAGGGCAAAGUGUGACACGAAGACAGAUCACAUGCCUUGCAACACACCGCCCGACGGGUUUGGACGUUUGACCGCAGCCCACUGACCCCCCCCAACCCCUGUAGUGUUUACAUCACUUAGCAACAGUCGUUACCCCUCGCCCCAAUUGAAGACAGAGAUUGUUUCUUCUUUUCUAGUCUUCUGAUGACUUGCCUGACUGACCGUCAGUGGCAGAGGAAUGGUGUUGGGGCCGAAAAGACACGGGGUCGUUUUCACUUCCUGUUUGCCUCACGUGGGGCGACCCCCACCUGCCUGCCUGAAAAGAAUGUCUGUACUAAUUCCGUUCCCUUCCUUCGUUACCUUCACAUGCUGGCAUUUAGAAGAACAGGGAUGAGCAAAAAGGCGUUCAGUACCGCUUUUAACCAGCAGAGGUCAGCAAUGCUACCGCUUAAAAUUGAAAAUUUAGCUAAACUCGAAGCUACUUUGAAAAUACUUGAGGUAAUCGUGUUAUGCUUCAUGAAAUAAUUACAAAAUAUGGAAACACCUCCCUUAGUAUUUAUGCCAUCUGAAAUUAAUAUAGAAAUGAUGGUAGAUUUGUUUUUUAUUCCAAUUCAAAAUUAUGAAAAAAAAAUGUUUUUAAAUAAUAAAAAGUUUUUCAAGUUAUUUUUGAAAUAAAAAUCGCCCUGGAAACCUUUCAGCUAAACUGAAAAUGAAAUAAAUGAAAAAUAAAUACAUGAGUCUUUUUGCAUUUGGUCAAAAGAUUGUUUUGUUUUUUACUUCAAAUGGAAAAUUAUUUUUGAAAAAUCACAAAUCUUAAUACCAAAUUAAAAAGAUAUUCAUGAAUUUUAAUUAAAACCAUUUUCUGUUUGCUUGUUGUGAAUGAAUAUGUGUUAUUCUUGAAAUAAAGACAUCAUUAUGCACAUUAUACACCCUUUUUUAGCAUCUAAAACAGGAGUCUUAAGUGCAGCCUGUGUGACAUUGUAAAAAACAAUUUAAAACAUUUACAAAAACCCCAGCAACAAUGAAAAAAUCCAAACGUUAAGAGAAAAAUUUGCUAAUCUAAUGAGAAUGACGUUGAAAUAUUUUAAGGAAAAAUAAGGUCAUUUUAUGUUAGCUGCUACAAAUGUUUUUCUUUAAUAUUUCUUGAAGCUGUAAUAUAUUAUGGGAAACAAACAAAGUUUUUUUUUUUCAAAAUUUGAUUGCAGAAAAAAGUCAAAGUUAAGAGAAUAAAAGUCAAGAUAUGGCAAUAAAGAAAGUUGAAAUAGGAGGAAAAAAAAUUGAAGAGAAUAAAGGAAAAUAUUAAGAGAAUAAAGCUGUUUUAAGAAAAAACUUCAUAAUUUUACCAGAAUAAACUGGUAAUAAUAUGAUAAAAAUGUAAUUUUAGUAGCAUGGAGUUGAAAUAUUAAAUGCAGCAGAUCAAAUGUAACAAAUGAAAGUUGUAAUUUUUGGAAAAUUAGGUUGAGAGAAAAAUGUCUAAUAUGAUGAGAAUACAGUCGUGAUAUUACAAAAAGAAAACGUACAAAGCUUAUUAAAGAUAAGAAGACUAACCACAAGCAGGACAAGAAGGAUGGAUCAUUGAUGAAUCAUACCAAAAUAAUAAUCCUACAUUUUCUGGAAUCAGUCGUUGAUAUUUUGUAGAACCUGUUGGAAUAUGUAAUUGUAUUUUGAUUUUAUUUUAUUUUUUUACCCAAGUGCUCUGACCAUUUUUGGAGUGGAGUUAUAUACAAAAAAUUCUGAAAAGGCUGAAAAAAAUAUCUCACAGUAUUAAAGAAUCCUUUUAAAAAUUCCUGGAUCCUGGAAAAUAAAAACAAUAAUUUAAAAAAAAUCCCUGGAUCCCAGGAUGAUCCCAACAUUUAAUCAGUUCUUCCAUAUCCUAUUUCCAACAAUUCCUGAACAUUUUUAAUUAUUUUGAAUCCAAACAGACAAACACUGGAAAAAACAUAACCUCUGUGCUGCUCUUGGUGGAGGUAAAAUAUCAUUUACUAGCAUAGAAUGUCACUUUUAAGUUGUAAUAAAUUAUUUUCAGAACAACAAUUAGGUUGGGGAAAAUGUCGUGGGAAUAAAGUGUCCCAAAAAGUAAAAAAAAAAGCUGAAAUAUUUUGAAAAUAAUAAAGAAAACUAGGUGGGGAAAAAAAGCAGAGUGAAGUUGAAAGUAAUAAUAUGUUUUAUCAGCUAUGUGGCAAAGCUGAGAUGCAGCUUUAUUUUGAAAUAAAUAAAACUUCUUAGUGUUGCUUUACAAAAUAUGCAAGCGGUAUAGUUCAUUUUUGGACACACAAUCGUAUGUGCGUUUUUUUUUAUGUCGCCUUCAAUAA